UUAGUGCCUGCAAAAUGCCGCGUGUGAGCUCAUCCGAGAAGUCAGGCUCUGCACACGUAUUAUUUAUAGCAGAUCUGAGGCGUGCACGGUGUUUGACAUUUUCUUCUUUUUAAGUACGGGGACUUCAAAAAGUCGUGGGCACUGCCCUCUCGCCGACGCGCCCCCCCGCCCCCGCGCCACAAAGUGCGGUGGGCAGGCACCAGGACGCGGGCGGGGGGCGAACGCGCCAACCACGCGUGUCCAGGCGCAGGUGCCGGGGCGGCCAGGGCCACCCCGCAGCGUCGGUUCGGGAGGAGAGUUCGCGGCUGGUCUCGGGAUGCCUUGCAGAUGCACAAUGUGUCCCUGGCCAGCAGGAGGAAGGAAGAGGAAGUGAGAGCAGCGGCAGCCGGCGGCGCACAGCCGGCCGACCCGGAGUGGAUAGACACGUGUGGCUGUCUACGCUGCGGGAGCCCAGGUGCACCGGCUUCGGACUUUCUCCAGGCUCACAAUGCCGCCGCCCGCGGACAUCGUCAAGGUGGCCAUAGAAUGGCCGGGCGCGUACCCCAAACUCAUGGAAAUCGAUCAGAAAAAACCGCUGUCUGCAAUAAUAAAGGAAGUCUGUGAUGGGUGGUCCCUUGCCAACCACGAAUACUACGCGCUGCAACAUGCCGAUAGUUCAAACUUCUACAUCACGGAAAAGAAUCGCAAUGAAAUAAAAAAUGGCAGCAUCCUUCGAUUAACUACAUCUCCGGCCCAGAAUGCCCAGCAGAUCCAUGAACGAAUCCAGUCGUCCAGCAUGGACUCCAAGCUGGAAGCCCUGAAGGACCUGGCCAGCCUGUCCCGGGAUGUCACCUUCGCCCAGGAGUUUAUCAACCUGGACGGCAUCUUCCUCCUCACGCAGAUGGUGGAAAGUGGCACUGAACGAUACCAGAAGUUGCAGAAGAUCAUGAAGCCUUGCUUUGGGGACAUGCUGUCCUUCACCCUGACGGCCUUUGUUGAGCUGAUGGACCACGGAAUAGUGUCCUGGGAUACGUUUUCGGUGGCGUUCAUAAAGAAGAUAGCAAGUUUCGUGAACAAGUCAGGCAUGGAUACCUCCAUCCUGCAGCGGUCCCUGGCCAUUUUGGAGUCCAUGGUGCUCAACAGCCACGACCUCUACCAGAAGGUGGCCCAGGAGAUCACCAUCGGCCAGCUCAUUCCACACCUUCAAGGGACAGAUCAAGAAAUCCAAACCUACACCAUCGCCGUGAUCAAUGCGCUUUUCCUGAAGGCCCCGGAUGAGAGGAGGCAGGUUGGUGUAGACAGCAGUGUUGACAUCCUUGAUUGUCCUCUGACUGAGAUGGCAAAUAUUUUGGCUCAGAAGCAGCUGCGAUCCAUCAUCCUUACGCACGUCAUCCGAGCUCAGCGGGCCAUCAACAACGAGAUGGCACAUCAGCUGUACGUGCUCCAGGUGCUCAUCUUUAACCUCCUGGAAGACAGGAUGAUGACCAAGAUGGACCCCCAGGACCAGGCCCAGAGGGACAUCAUAUUUGAACUUCGUAGAAUUGCCUUUGAUGCGGAGUCUGAACCAAACGCCAGCAGCGGCAGCAUGGAGAAGCGCAAGUCCAUGUACACCCGGGAUUAUAAGAAACUUGGCUUCAUUAAUCACGUGAACCCAGCCAUGGACUUCACCCAGACGCCGCCCGGGAUGCUAGCCCUGGACAACAUGCUGUACUUCGCCAAGCAGCACCAGGACGCCUACAUCCGGAUUGUGCUUGAGAACAGCAGCCGGGAAGAUAAACAUGAGUGUCCCUUCGGCCGCAGCAGCAUAGAGCUGACCAAGAUGCUGUGUGAGACCCUGAAAGUGGGCGAGCUGCCCAGUGAGACCUGCAACGACUUCCACCCGAUGUUCUUCACCCACGACAAAUCCUUCGAGGAGUUUUUCUGCAUCUGUAUCCAGCUCCUGAACAAGACAUGGAAGGAGAUGAGGGCGACUUCUGAAGACUUCAACAAGGUAAUGCAGGUGGUGAAGGAGCAGGUCAUGAGAGCUCUUACCACCAAGCCUAGCUCCCUGGACCAGUUCAAGAGCAAACUGCAGAACCUGAGCUACACUGAGAUCCUGAAGAUCCGCCAGUCCGAGAGGAUGAACCAGGAGGAUUUCCAGUCUCGCCCGAUUUUGGAGCUCAAGGAGAAGAUUCAGCCAGAAAUCUUGGAGCUGAUCAAACAGCAACGCCUGAACCGCCUCGUGGAAGGGACCUGCUUUAGGAAACUCAACUCCCGGCGAAGGCAAGACAAGUUUUGGUAUUGCCGGCUUUCACCAAACCACAAGGUCCUGCACUAUGGAGACUUGGAAGAAAGUCCUCAAGGAGAAGUGCCCCAUGAUUCCUUGCAGGACAAAUUGCCGGUGGCAGACAUCAAAGCAGUGGUGACGGGGAAGGACUGCCCCCAUAUGAAAGAGAAAGGUGCCCUUAAACAAAACAAGGAGGUGCUUGAACUUGCUUUCUCCAUCUUGUAUGACUCAAACUGCCAACUGAACUUCAUCGCUCCUGACAAGCACGAGUACUGUAUCUGGACAGAUGGGCUGAACGCGCUGCUGGGGAAGGACAUGAUGAGCGAGCUGACGCGGAAUGACUUGGACACCCUGCUCAGCAUGGAGAUCAAGCUCCGCCUCCUGGACCUGGAGAACAUUCAGAUCCCCGAUGCCCCCCCGCCCAUCCCCAAGGAGCCCAGCAACUAUGACUUCGUCUAUGACUGUAACUGAAGUGGCCGGCCCCAAAGCCACCCCUCCGAAACUGGAAAACCUAGCUAGCAGGAGAGGAGAGUACCACGCCUUGGAAUCCUGUUGUAAAGGGAAGCUGUGUGCCAACACUUCCUUGGGCCUCGCUGCCAGCCCUGCCACUUCUCUGCCCCUACCUGCCGCCUGGCCCACCACCCCGAUUCUGUUUCUAGACGCCACUGCUUUAGGUCACUUCCGUCACUGCAGUCUACUGGUGGGACAGGAGCAAAACCCACCGUCGGCGGGCGAGCCAAAGGGCCCUCCCAUCCUGCCCCCGCCCCAGCUGGCAUGUCCUCCUUUCCUGGUUCGUGAAAGCCAGCAGCAGGCUGUCCCCAGCCAGCCACCAGUCCAGGGGAGAGCCCCGAGUGCCGCUGGUGUCUGGAAGAAACAGCCUAACUUCUCGAGAAGAACACACACCACCUCCUCACUCCCCUUCUCCCUAGAGUCAGCUCAUAGCGCCAGUUCCACGCGAACGGAAGUCUGCUUUCAGAGCCACUCCCUCUUCCAUCCCAGCCUCAGCCUUGCCCUGUUCCUUUCUGGUCCCAAGAGCAGCCGUCGCUGCCUUCUUCUCGUUCUCGACAGCCUGGAGUCCCCAGACACAGUCCACGGGUCCCCUCCAUGCCCACAUCCUGUCUGCACUGUGACCCUGAGCCCCCUCCUUUCCUCACCAGCUAGUCUUGGGCUACUCCCCGGCCCGGCCCGCACCUGCCGCCUUCACGCCCAUGUACCCUCCCAGCCCCUUAGCUGAAAGCAAAAAAGGUAAACUCAGUCAUGCUCCAUCUCUGAUACAGUAUCCAAGACCUACAUGCCUCUGUGACAGGCGGGUGUGAGCUAAGGGUCCGGUGUUACCUUCUCCUGGCGGGGUGGGGGCAAGUCUGUUGCAACGCAGGUUCCACAAGAUGGUCCAGGUGUCAGAUAUCCAAGUUUACAUCAUUGUAAUUAUUACAGGUGUUGACAGUUUGCAAGGGUUUGGGGCUGGUUGGUUGUUGUUGUUUUUGGGUGUCUUUUUUUUUUUUUUUUUGGAUUUUUUUGGUUUUUUUGCUUUGUUUUUGUACAAAAGAGUCUAACAUUUUUUGCCAAACAGAUAUAUAUUUAAUGAAAAGAAGAGAUACAUAAAUGUGUGUACUUUCCAGUUUUUUUUUAAUUAUUUUAAUCUUAAACAUCUUCCUAAGAAUAACAUUCCCUUAAACAUGCUGUGGAAUAAAGUUAAUU